CCGGGAGGGCCGCCGGGAUGCAGUGGGCGGUGGGCCGGCGGUGGGUGUGGGCCGCGCUACUCCUGGCUGCCGCGGCGGUGCUGACCCAGGUGGUCUGGCUCUGGCUGGGUACUCAGAACUUCGUCUUCCAGCGUGAAGAGAUCGCGCAGUUGGCGCGGCAGUACGCUGGGCUGGACCAUGAGCUGGCCUUCUCCCGGCUGAUCGUGGAACUGCGGCGUCUGCACCCAGGCCACGUGCUGCCCGAUGAAGAGCUGCAGUGGGUGUUCGUGAACGCGGGCGGCUGGAUGGGUGCCAUGUGCCUUCUGCACGCCUCGCUGUCCGAGUACGUGCUGCUCUUCGGCACCGCUCUGGGCUCCCGCGGCCACUCGGGACGCUAUUGGGCUGAGAUCUCGGACACCAUCAUCUCUGGCACUUUCCACCAAUGGAGAGAGGGCACCACCAAAAGUGAGGUUUUCUACCCAGGGGAGACAGUGGUGCACGGGCCCGGAGAGGCAACGGCUGUGGAGUGGGGGCCAAACACAUGGAUGGUGGAAUACGGUCGGGGUGUCAUUCCAUCUACCCUGGCAUUCGCCCUGGCUGACACUGUCUUCAGCACCCAGGACUUCCUCACCCUCUUCUAUACUCUUCGCUCCUAUGCCCGGGCCCUCCGGCUCGAGCUUACUACCUACCUCUUUGGCCAAGACCCCUGACUGGCCAGGCCUGAAGGAAGACCUGUGGAUGAAGAGGUGGCGGGCAGGCCCGUACACAUCCACUUCCUGGAACCCAAGUGCACAGACAGGGAAUCCUCACACCAUGCAGAUACUGAAUUCCUGCAUACAUGCUUUCACUUCCAAAUCUGUGGGAACAAAUGAGACACAUAUAUAGAUACUGAGACCUGUAUGUAUUGCAGGAGCAGCACUCAUACCCAUCGGGGGGAGCCCCACAUAAACCAAGGAGGGCCAAUUGUUCAAACACACAUACCAUAAGCCUGACCCACUAACUCAGGCCUUUCCAGAGCUUCUCACUCCCAAUCAGGGCUCUGGAGUUAAGGACGAGGGCAGAUGUUAUACUUUGCCUCAGUCUGACUCAACCCAGCAGCAGUUUGGGGGUAGUGAGCCAGGGGAAGAGGAACUGCCCUUUGGAGGUCCCCUUCACCUGCAGCUAUAAUGCCCUUCCUCUUCAUGUCCUCUGUCCUCACCAUUUGCCUUACCCCCAUUCUACUCCUGUGCUAUGCAAAUGCCCUUGUGGCUUGUCCCCCCAACCCCACAGCAAUCAAGUCAGCUGGGGAACCAGAGGAAUGUGGAGAAUGCUAAAGUUAGGAUUUUCCAUCACCAAAAGACCCUUGUUCCUCCCUUGGAAGUAUGGUGGGGAAGCUGAUCUGUCAGUCCAGGGACCACCACUGAAGAGGACUUGGAGAGGUGGUCUGGGUCCAAGGGGCAUCCCUGUUCUAGAGAAGGCCUUUUCUGCACACAUGCACCCCCCUCCCUUUCCAGACACUGCCCCUACUGCAUUCUCUGUGCAACUGUCUGUUUCAGUUAAUAAAGACUUGCCCAAUGGUUCCA